CCCGCGAAUGCGGCCGGGGUCCAUUGCGCCGGCGCGCGGAGCGGUGCAUGUCGGGACGUGUAGUCUCCCCGCCUCCUUGAGCGACUGACCGUUCCUGUGCAGGCCCCGGCGCAAGAGCCUCCGCGGCCUGGAGCUAUGGGACCAAGGCCCCGGGAGGGAAGUCACUUACCAGAGUGCGUGGGUUCUUCAUCCAGAACUCAAGUCUUCUGACUCUUGGGAACAGCAAGACCUGACCUCCCAGUUCCUCUCUCCAUGUGCUUGUCUGAGCAGGCCCACGUCGACCAGGAGUGACUUCGCAAUUGGCCCAGCAUGAACUGGAAAGUCCUUGAACACAUGCCCUUGCUGCUGUAUAUCUUGGCAGCAAAAACCUUAAUUCUCUGCCUGGCAUUUGCUGGAGUCAAAAUCUACCAACGGAAAAGAUUAGAAGCAAAACUGGAAGCUGAGAAAAAGAAGCAGUCAGAGAAGAAAGAUAACUAGAGGGAAAAAUCAAAGGUUGAAUUCUGUGCUGCUCUGAAAAUUUGAGGAUUCAACUACGGUGGCAGGCGUUUCUAGAUCAGCGGUCCCCAAACUUGGCUACUGAUCAGAAUUGUUGAAAGUGCAGAUUUCCAGGCCCCAACCCCCGAGAGAUUCCAUUACGUGGGUGUAGACAUCUGUUCUUUUGAAAAACCAUUAAGGGAUUCUUCUUUCUUUUUUUUCUUUCUUAACAUACGUAGGUGUAUUUUUUAUUUAAAUUUUAGUUAGUUAACAUGCACUGGGGGAUUCUUAACACAGCCCUUUCAGCAACAUGUCGCUCUAGGAGCCACUCGGCCAGCGAUCUCCUAACCCCCCUCCACCCGGAGAUACCAUGCUUCCGUAAAUAGGAAUUCCCAUAGAGGAUUUUUAAAAACCUUUUUUAAUGUUGAUUUAUUUAUUUUGAGGGAGAGAGAGAGAGCAGGAGAGGGGCAGAGAAAAAGAGGGAGAGAGAGACUCCCAAGCAGGCUCCGAGCUGCCAGCACAGAGCCUAACACGAGGCUCGAUCCCACAAACUGUGAAAUCAUGACCUGAGCAAAAAUCAGCCUCGGAUGCUUAACCAGUUGUGCCGCCCAGGUGCCUCCCGUAGAGGAUCUUUAAGCCUGUGGAGGUGUAGGGGCGCCUGGGUGGCUCUGUCGGUUAAGCGUCAGCCUUCAGCUCGGGUCACAAUCUCGCACUCCGUGAGUUCAAGCCCCGCGUCGGGCUCUGCUGACAGCUCGGAGCCUGGAGCCU